UCACAUCUCGUAUGAAAACGGGUGUCUGUGUCCGUUUUUACAAUUUAUAUUUUCAAAGCAUUUAUUAAUUAAUAUUUUGUGACAGUGAUUGUGCUAGGAAAUAAUUUAUAACUUUUAGUCUGAUUUUGGGUGUUUCGCCUGUCACUCUUGGCUCUAUUAUAUAGAAUCGUCUUGGUCGGUGUCAAGAGGUGAAGGAGAUGGCGGUUCCGCACAUUACAUCGUUUUGCUGGUGCAUGGGACUGGAGGCCGGAUCUAAAUUGGUUGGAUUUUUGCAUAUGCUAAUCUCGCUCAGUCUGAUGAUCGUGUGCGCGGUGUACGCGGAGGCGUUCCGGCAGUACGUGGGCACGGUGGAGGACGCGGGGGACCACCUCUACAGCACGUGGUACGCCAUCACCAGCGCCGUGGCGGUGCUGUCCGUGCUGCACGUGCUGCUGGCCGCCACGCUGCUGUUUGCGGUUUAUAAGCGCAACACGCGCGCCCUCCGCGUGUGGGUGUGGCUGAUGCUGGCGCUGUUCUGCGCCUCGCUGGUCUACCUGAUCGCGGCCAUGACCUUCGGCUUCACCGUGUCCGGCUCCGAUAUAUUCCUCGCCUUCCUCCAGGGGCUGGUGUUCUUCGGAAUAUUGGCGUAUUGCAUCCUAUGCGUGAACAGCUACUACCUGAUGCUUAAGAGCUCCGAAGACAUGCAAGGUCCACACAAGACUGAUAUCUAAGACUAAGCGCUUAAGCUACAUCUAAGUCACUAGGUUAAAUCUUAAGUUUACCUGUAAGUGUAUUUUAUGUAAUUUGAUAUGGUUUUUUUGUAUGAUUAUAGUACAAAUGGUACUUAUUAUAAAAUAAAUAAAGAAAAAAUUAUUGUUACAUAACUUUAAAAAAUGCGUACAAGUAUUUCUAGUUUUUUUUUUAUUUCAGUUUACUCUCUUAAGGAAGUUUUAAUGAUUCAAUAUAUAGUCCAAGAUCCAAGAGCCGUAAGAAUCAACUUAGUUUCUAAGGCAUAUAACUUUCGGUUCGCAGUCGUCUCUCAGUCACAGAAGUACACACAUUCAGGUAUUAAAAAGUACAGGAAAAUAAGUUGUGUCUUACGGCUCUUGGAUCUUACCCUAAUAGUAAUGGGGUACUAUUUAAUUUACGUUAAAAUAUUUCAUGUUUUUUUAAGUUUAAGCAAGAUUAUUAGAUUAGCUUGUGAAAAAUUAACUGUACCUGCCUCAUAACUAAAUUGUAAUAACUUUUAAAAAUGGAAUUUUAAAGAUAUAACCUUUCAUACAAUUUUAAGAGAAAAUCUUUUUUUU